AUGGCUGGACAAUUUCAGAUACUGCAAUAUAGAAUAUCAAUCAGGAGUGUUAUAAAGGAUACGGAUGAACUCAAAGAUGUAUCGGACAAAACAUCAUAUGCCACUUAUUUAUGUUCACGUACAAUUGUGACAGUGUCAUUCGAGAAAGUAGGAAAUUGGCCCCGACUGGACCAUGGGUCUUUACCCAGCAAUAAAGAUGUACAAAAGUUAAGAAGAGAUUUGGUAAUGAUCAUCAUGAGAUCCAAUACCCCUUGCUGUCUAACAGCCUAUGGAUUUUUCAUUGUGUCUCUGGAGACUUGUACCAGGGUUCUCAGUACAGCAGCAUCGUACUUUACACUUCUAAAAGGAAUAAAAGGAAGACGAAACCAUAUCAAUUCUCUUCAUACAGAGUUUCCACUACUUCAUCAUAGAUGUUCAUUAUACGUUUAAAUAAAUUAUAGAGAACUUUCAUCGUUCAUUUAAC